AUAAACUACAAUGUAAGAUCAUGAUUCCAGCUUUCAAGCUUCUGACCGUAUUUAUAAAACAGAUAUCAAAACCAUUGGCGUCAUACCUUAAAAAACGAGCCAGCAAAAAUGAAAGAUUCCGCAAGCUGUGUGUAACAAUCGGUAACCGUAGCUACGCCUUCGACAGAUAUGUAACUCGUCGAUUCUAUAAUCCUGAACAAGGAGAACCGGACACAACUCCAUGGAUAUCUCCAGAAAAGUCAGUUGUAAUUGGGACGGAGUUAUUCGGAGAAAUUAUUGUCUUUGGAGUCGCCACAUUGCUUGUCCUUUCCGAGUAUGCACGAGGUAUCCGUAAAGAGUCUAAGAAGGAAGCUAAGCUGCAAGAAAGACUAGGUACUUUAGAAGCACAGCAGUCCAGAAUCGAAUUUCUAAUAAAAGAUGAAGUGGAGCGUCAGUUGGAAAGCAAGUGGAGCGAAUUCAAGACAACUGGAAACAAGGUCUCAUGAAGUUAGUAACUUUUUCAGAUGUUCU